AUAAAUCCCCAAAAAAGGAAGGCAGAAAGCACAGUAAACGACACUGGAGAGUGGAGACUGGACAUUGUGAGUGUGGCGCAAGUAAACAGAGUUUCAAAAACCGAUUCAGCAGUUCUCUCUCUAUUGUACUCUCUCAUCUUUUUCUCAUUUCCGCUGCAAAAAAUAAACAAUGGAGGAAGAGUACUCGGUGGAUCCAGCUCAGUUACUGGAAGCUGCUACUGACUUUGCCUAUUAUCCUGGCGCUCAUUCCGAUGCUUCAGCUCAAGACUUUCUCAAUCGAUUUCCUCUUCCUGCCAUUAUCAAUGCUUUGCAAACAAAAGCAGAAUACCCUGGCCUAGAAAAUGCGUUGGUUGAUUGUUUAGAAAGGCUUUUCAAAACAAGAUAUGGAGCAUCACUCAUUCCACACUACAUGACCUUUGUGAUUGUCGGUCUGGGUGCAGAGUCUCAAAAAGUCAGACGUUUAACAUGCCAAACAGUGUCUUGCCUUUUGGAGAAUAUUGAUGAAGCUAUUGUUGUACAGCUAAUUCAUGAGUAUGGAGUUUAUCAACUUUUGCUUAAUUGCCUCAUCAGUGGGGAUGAGGAAGUUGCCGCCACAUCUACAGACGCAGUCAGGAAACUGGCUAGCCAUUCAAAAGGCAUUGAUAUCAUAUUUCCAGAGAGUGGUAAUGAAGCAACAAACCUCGUGAACUUGGCAACCAACUGUUCACCUCUGGGAAGAGUCAGACUCUUAGCUUUGAUUGUGAAACUAUUCUCCAUUUCCUCUUCUGUGGCAUCAAGAGUGUAUAAUUCAAAUCUACUUAGCUUGUUGGAGGCAGAAAUUAGCAAUGCAAAUGAUACGUUAGUCACUUUGAGCAGCUUGGAACUCCUAUAUGAGUUGGCUGAUGUUCAGCACAGCACUGAGUUCUUGUCAAGGACGAAACUUCUCCAAAUUCUUACUUCAAUUAUUAGUGAUGCCUCUGCUGAAUCGAUCUUGAGAUCAAGAGCAAUGAUGAUAACUGGAAGGCUGAUGGCGAAGGAGAAUGCCUUCGUAUUCAUUGAUGAAUCUGGUUGUAGAAAUCUGAUUUCAGCCAUUGACAGAAGAUUCAAUUUGUUAGAAAGUGAAAAUGCAGAUGAAUGUGAAUGCGCUCUUGAAGCAUUGGGACAAAUUGGAUUCUCCAACAAAGGGGCAGCAUUGCUUCUCUCAGGUGCACAACCUGCAGGAAGACAUGUCAUUUAUGCGGCUUUUGAUCGGCAACAGCAUGGUAAACAGCUGGCGGCAUUGCAUGCUCUUGCAAACAUUGUUGGAGAAACUCGUGCAGAAAAUGAUGUAUUGCUGGAUGGUGUUGCAGAGGAGAAUCUUCGGCGCCUGAUCUAUGAAACAGCAUCCAAGACUUCAAAGCUGACACCUUCGGGUCUCCUCUUAUCAGUCCUUCAGCAGGAUUCAGAAAUUCGUAAGGCGGGCUAUAGAGUGAUAACUGCGUUGGUGAUGCGGCCUUGGUGCCUGAUGGAGGUUGCCUCCAGACAAGAAAUAAUAAAUAUAGCAACUGACACUUUUACAGAGACAGACAAGAUAGGUAUGGAAGCUAGACACAAAUGUUGCCAGUCACUCUACAAGGCUUUCACCUCAUCUAGUAAGCUGAUCGCUGACAAUGCACUGUCUGGUGUAGCUACAAAGCUGGAGGAAGCUAUCAGAAGAGGUCCUUAUUUUGGAAGAAGGCUUUCUGAAGCUCAACCUACAGUGAUGACGGAGCAGAGAUUUUAGUCUUUUCGACAUCAUAGAUACUAUCUACAAGUGUUACUUUCAGCCUUUGUAUGUCAUCUAUAAGAUGUUAAACCACAGUAGUCUAGUGGAUCAAUUAGCGGGAUAUUGUGACUUCCAUUGUAAAAAGUCCCCCUUUCUGUAGGCUAUCAGCAUCAAAGAUGGUAAACUAGAUGUCUAGGCAUUUGGUGGAAACUACUUAAGUUGGGUGUAGCUACUCGACUUCACUAGCCUUCUACAUUUCCAAAGAUAUAAUCCAAGAGGUUUAACUGCUUAUGUUUGAAUGCUUUAUGCUGAAUUGUUAAAUGCUUGAACUUCGAGCUUGUUUAGAUGAA